AUGGAGUUGGUCGGUGAUCUCGUUGAUGAUUUUAUCAAACGAAAUUGUUCACGUAAGGUGGUUCUAGUGACGAGCGGAGGCACAAGUGUACCAUUAGAAAAGAAUAUGGUUCGAUUUAUUGACAAUUUUUCGAUGGGUACAAGAGGUUCUGCUAGCGCAGAACAUUUUUUGGUCGAAGGCUAUGCUGUUAUAUUUUUUCAUCGAGAUAAUUCCAUGAAGCCUUUUAAACGAAAAUUCAAUGAUUUGUUCGACCAUUUGGUCAUCAAUAGUUCAGGCAAAGUUGAAGGUUUGCCAAAGUUGCAUGUCUUAUACACAAUUGCAGUUCACGAUAUGCCCGGUCUUGUAGAAGCUGUAACACUGCAUAAUGAAUGUCUUAAUCGACUUUUAUUGAUUCCAUUCAUUGACGUCUCUGUGUACUUGAAAACUCUUGAAAUUAUUUGUCGUCAUCUUGAGCCUUUAGGUUCUUCGGUUCUUAUUUAUCUUGCUGCUGCUGUUUCGGACUUUUAUAUUCCGGAGGAUAACUUGCCCAGACAUAAAAUUCAGUCAAAUCAAGAUCUGCAAUUGUCGCUCAGUAUUGUUCCUAAGAUUUUACAGAAACUCGUUAAAGAUAUCGUACCGAAAGCAUUUGUUGUUUCAUUCAAGCUGGAAACAGAUGAGACACAGCUAGUGAGUAAAGCUCGUCAGGCACUUGAAAAUUACGGACAUCAGCUAGUAAUUGGAAACAUGUUGCAUAUGAGGAAAGAGCGUGUGAUAUUCGUUAUUAAUGGUGGAAGCGGAAAAGAAGAAACAAUAUUUUUGAAUGAAGAGCAGAAAGCUCAAGGUAUAGAGAUUGAACAACUUAUUGUCAGAAGGCUUGUCAAAAUGCACGAAGAUUUUAUAGAAUUAGUUAGCCAGUGUAAUGGUUAG